AUGCUCCUGGAGGAUGCAGAAUGCCUCAACGCAGGCUACGGGUCCAAUCUUACACAGGACGGCGAAGUGGAAUGCGAUGCUUCAAUCAUAACCGGCAAUGACACUGCCUUUGGUAGUGUUGGAGCUGUGUCAGGAAUUCAGAAUCCCAUCAGGCUCGCACGGGCUAUUCUUGAUUAUUCUCUCAAGCCGGAUCCUCUCGGUCGCAUUCCACCUAUGAUGCUUGUUUCGAGUGGUGCUUUAUCUUUCGCUAGAUCUCAGAAUUUGGAUCCCGUAUCUCCUCAUCAACUAAUUUCUCCUCGAGCCAGAAAGGAGUGGGAGAGAUGGUCAUUAGAGUUGACCAAUGCCAAGAUGGAAAUGCCCCAUGAUACCACUGGGAUCGACGCAGCCAACACAUACAGUCCUGAACAUCGCACGGAAAGAAUUUCCAUACACGCUCUGCAAGAUACAGUCGGGGCCAUUGCAUGGAGUACCGGAGGUGCACCCUGCGCCGGUGUGUCCAGUGGUGGUCUGUUGCUGAAAUCUUCCGGUCGUGUCGGCGAGCCAUAUAUGGAGCAGGUUGUUGGGCCCAGCGGUACAACAGCAAGCCAAUCUGUAGCAUGGCGUGCAGUGUAUCUGGUUGUAAUCAAUGCUCUUGUUGGAGCGGGAGAAUAUAUUAUCCAAGCUGCUCUUGCGAGAAGUUUGAGUGAUGCCCUUGGGUCGUCGAGCGAGGGUGAUACUCAUGAAAUUAUCCAACAAGUGCUGGAUCAAUACGUUCACGUAGAUCGCAGGCCUGACGUUAAUACAAUCCCUGACAUUGGUAUGCUCGUCUUUACCGAAGAAGAAAGUUUAGACGGAUAUGCUACACCCCGUUUAUGGUGUGCGUUCACUACGGAGAGCAUGGCUGUGGCCUACGCAUCUUCUAUUGACUCCAAACCCAAGGUCAAGCUUCUACACGAGGUGACGUAUGCACUGACCGAACCGUAA